AUUCAAACACGAGCGUAUUCAAAAUGCUUCUUCGCAAUUUGCUCUUUCUUUUCGUCAUUUUUGUGAGCUUGUCUGAUGCAAAGAAACUAGCUACUUCAACAAAAGAGCAAACUAUCAUGAUCAACAUCAUCAACACCAUCCGCCAAAAAGAAGCGAUGGAACGCAAAAUUUCAAAUAUGCACGAGCUCGUAUUUGAUGAAGAGCUCGCAAAGAAAGAGUUCCAGGAAUGCUCAUGGGACAAGGAUCAUUUUAUCAAUGUGAAGGAUGCAAAUAAUUUCGCCGCAAUUUGGAGCUACAACCAUUCGGGCCCCUUCCUUCAGAUGAACUUCCGGUACUUUAUCAAUCCGGUGCAGACGAAAAUUGGGUGCAGCAACGUGCAGUGCAAAGGCAAAAAUUUUAAAACUUUCGCCUGCAUUAUGGGACCAGAAUUUAACCAAUUGGAUUUUGAAGUGAGAAAGGGUGAACCUGGGGAGCACUGUCCGGCUGGAAGAACUGAGAUGAAAAUGUGCACGUCUGAGGCUGCAACUUUUACUGGAUACGCUCUGAUUUUGAUUGCUAUUUUGAACUUUUUUUGGAACAUUUGAAAGGAUUUAUUUGAAAUGAAGUUUUUUUUUUUUU